AUGAUAUGUGCUUUUUGGGCCACAUUCAAAUCCUACCAAGCCAUUUAUAUCCUGAAAUCAGAUUAUGUUCCCAGCAACAAGUUGCGAAGAGUCGCCAAGGUGUCCAUGCUAUAUGGAGAAACGAACCAUAUGUAUGAAAGAGCACUGCAAAGCCAUGAACGCCAUGCUAAACAAUGGGGCUACCCAGUCCACAUCCUGCGACAGGAUAUCUCAAUCGGAUUCUGGAAUAAACCGAGCUAUCUGCUAUCCUUGGUGAUCAAUGAAAUGGCCAAGCCAGCCGGCGAGAGAAUAGAGUGGUUGAUGUGGGUAGAUGCGGACUCGAUUAUACUGAACAAUGACAUACCCGUGGAAAUCUUCCUGCCGCCAUCAGAUCUGAAAGAUAUCCACCUGGUGGCAACCCAGGACCAAAACGGCCUCAAUACGGGAAUUAUGUUCCUCCAUGUCCAUCCAUGGACAAUCAGCUUCCUUACCGAAACGUUAGGCUACCCUCUUUAUCUCCCGAAAAUUGACCUCGGUCGAUCUGCCGACCAGGAAAGCAUGAGACUUGUGCUUAACAAGACAAUGGGAGGUCCAAGCGGACAGGGCUAUGCAGAUGGAGUCUCCUACCUGCCACGGCCAUGGAUCAACACCUAUGAAUGGGACUGGGCCUAUGAAGGCAAAAGGGGCGAUCUGCUCGUCCACUUCCCGGGUCUGGAGGAGCGCCGAUGGCCGCAUAUGGCUAAAUGGUUGAAUAUUGUCGAGACAACUCCUGGUGACUGGAACUUGCCUCUCGAGGAGACUGGAUACUUCAACAAGACGACAAUGUACUGGUCGCAGAUGCGAAGUGCGAAGGAGAGUAUCAAGUCCGCAGAGAAGAAACUGAAAUCUGGGGAGGCAGUGUCUGGAAAUACCAAUGAGACAGUCAAUGCACUCAAGAAUACACUGCGUGAGAAAUCAGACAAUAUGGAGCUGGUACAGCAACAGACCGAGGAUCUUAAUGUGUUGAUCGGGAUGUAA